UCUCCUCAACAGCCCGGAUGUAGCGCACAGGACCGCACAGUCCUCCUCUCAGUGAUAAUAACAUGGCGCUGGCAGACACAUAACGGUGCACACCAUCACAAUAAUAUCCACAAUAACAGACCAAAAUAAGCGACGGGACAUGUGAGCUCUUCGAGCCCAACACAAGCAGGUUUGCCAGGGUUUUCCAGCAUGUUUGGGAAGAAGAAGAAACGGCUGGAGAUCUCAGCUCCGUCUAACUUUGAGCACCGGGUCCACACAGGCUUCGACCCGAGGGAGCAGAAGUUCACAGGGCUGCCGCAGCAAUGGCAGAGCCUCUUGGCAGACACUGCCAACCGCCCCAAGCCCAUGGUGGACCCCUCCUACAUCACCCCCAUUCAGCUGGCACCAAUGAAGAUAUCUCCCAAGAAAGUCCGGUCAUCCGAAACGCCGUUGCCCAAAACCAUUGUUCGAGGGAACCGACCACCCAAAGAUGCGUCCAUCAAUGGCCUGCUUGAGGAGUUUGACAACAUCUCAGUAACGCGCUCCAACUCCCUGCGUAAAGAGAGUCCACCAGGCCCCCACCAGGCUGGAAUCAGCUCCAAACCCUCCAGCAGUGGUCAUCCCAACACUCCAGAGGAGAAUGGAUUCAAUCAUUACUACUCCCGCUACUCCUGUGAUCUCGACACCUCCAGCAGGGACUUCUCCCUUGAUCCUAGCAGGCCAGGCCUCUCCAUAGAUGGGGACUGGGCAGUUGGGAGGCACUAUCGAUUCACUAAGCAGAAUGGUCACUCACACCCUAUACGCAGCCCUUUCUAUCCCGAUGCCAUGCCCCAAAAAUCAGACUAUGGCAAGCUCCCCCCAGACUACCACACCUACCUGGAGAGCAAAGGGCGCUCAGCAGACGAGGUGGCCUCCACAGUGGGGAGUGGGGUGGGCUCCAGUGGCUAUUAUCGGGCAUCUGUGGGUGGCUCGUCCAGUCAGGACUACAGAGACACUUCAGUAGGCACACCAUCUCGUGCCUCGCUACACAGUGAGCAGAUCAACUAUCCAGACAGUGAGUGGAGCUACGGCGGCCUGCGGGACGAAUACGAAAAGCGACCCAAGAGUUCCUAUGUAACGCAGACCAGCCCCACGCCGGCUAUAAGGCAGCGAUCUCGGUCUGGGUCUGGGUUGCAGGAACCAAAUGUGCCCUAUGCGGCCAGCGGGGCUUUCAAGAACCCUCCACAGGCCCACCCGUACAGCUCCUACACCUAUCCUCGCCUCUCAGAGAGUCUUGUGAACUCACAGACCAUAGCUAAGGGUGACUACGAGCGUCCGUUACGUGAUGGCAGUCCUCAGGUUAUGGGCGGUGACACCUACCCUCGGGGGCCUCUCAAGCAACCACAGAGCCACAGCAAGCCACCUGGCUACCCCCCAGCACACCUGCCCUACCCGCCUGUCUUUCACCAUUACAAACCUUCACCCUACCACCACCCCCCCUCCCAGCCCAGCCCACCAUACACCCCUCAGGGGGCCUACUCACAGCCUUCGUCACCUUACAUCCCCCCUGGCGCCUACCCGCCUCCAUCCUGGGGGUCCAGCUCUGACACUCAACCUUCUAGAGUCUCGCAUGAGCAGUUCAGAGCUGCACUUCAGCUGGUGGUCAACCCAGGGGACCCUCGGGAAUACCUGGACAGCUUUAUCAAAAUCGGCGAGGGCUCAACGGGUAUCGUGUGCAUCGCCAGCGAGAAACACAGCGGCAAGCAGGUGGCUGUGAAGAAGAUGGACCUCAGGAAACAGCAGAGGAGAGAGCUGCUCUUUAAUGAGGUGGUGAUCAUGAGGGACUACCAUCACGAGAACGUGGUUGACAUGUACAACAGCUACCUGGUGGGAGACGAGCUGUGGGUUGUCAUGGAAUUUCUUGAGGGCGGAGCUCUCACCGACAUUGUAACUCACACCAGGAUGAACGAGGAGCAGAUUGCUACAGUGUGUUUGUCGGUGUUGAGGGCUCUGUCCUACCUGCACACGCAGGGCGUCAUCCACCGCGACAUCAAGAGUGACUCCAUUCUCCUGACCAGUGAUGGCAGGAUCAAGCUAUCAGACUUUGGCUUUUGUGCCCAAGUUUCCAAAGAGGUGCCCAAGAGGAAGUCCCUUGUGGGCACGCCCUACUGGAUGGCACCAGAGGUCAUCUCUAGACUACCUUAUGGGACUGAGGUGGAUAUCUGGUCUUUAGGCAUCAUGGUGAUUGAGAUGGUGGACGGGGAGCCCCCUUACUUUAAUGAACCCCCUCUGCAGGCCAUGAGGAGGAUACGAGACAACCUGCCACCAAGGCUAAAAGAGUCGCACAAGGUGUCCUCAGUGCUGCGGUCCUUCCUGGACUUGAUGCUGGUGAGGGAGCCUUCGCAGAGAGCCACAGCCCAGGAGCUCCUCCAGCACCCCUUCCUCAAGCUGUCUGGACCCCCUUCUUGCAUCGUCCCCCUCAUGAGACACUAUCGCCACCGCUGACCUGCUGUCUCCAAAACCUGCCCUCCUCUACACUGAAAACACACUCAUACACACACACCACCAGGGCGACACUGCCCUCACCCAGCCAAAACACCCCACCGUUUGGCGGAGCACCACUGACACUCACACCUGUAACCGUGAAGUAGAUUAGCUAGAGGAAUAUCUAAGAAAUACAUUUUAAAAAACACCCGACAGAGAGAAAAAAAAAAAAAAAAAAAUCAACGACCAUUUUGAACUAUGAACCGGAGUAGAAGAGUGUACUGCGUCUGACGAACUCCCCAGACAUACAGUAGAAACAUGCGGGCUGGCUCGCCCCGCUACAGUCUUCUCUUUUCCGAGACUGUGAGCCUUCUGCUCCAUGUCGAGUCGUAGUAGCCAUCAGCGAGAGCUUCAGAGGGGUGCUGCGAGCUGCUGACAAGGUGGAGGGACCCAGGGGCCUCCAGACUGGAGCAGCACAGCUCAGGACAAUCAGCUGCGUGCAGAGAGGGGUCUCCCACUGAUAAUGACUGUUGUAGGGCUGCUGUGUCAGUCAGUCCACCUGAAGGAUGGGCUGCUGCUUGACCAGCCAGAGACGAGCUCUCUUGUAUCUCUCCUCCCACACACUAACAGUGAAAAUGUAUUUUAGAGAAACUUGUAAGUUUUUCUGUACAGUUUUGAUAAUUUGCAGUAUUUUAUCGUGUCGUAACCAUUGUGAUAUGAGCAGUAUUAAAUAGAGUUUCUGCAGAGAUCUUUCCUACUGUUUAUAAUCCAGUUUUUGCUUAAAGAUAUAAGAGAUAUCCCAAAUAAACUCACCUAAACCUAACUGUUACUAAAAAUACUAAAUAUAUUUAUUAACUUACAUUUGUAGACAGAACUUCCAUUAAAUGUUGGAAAAAAAGGGUAAUGUCAGAAUUUUGUAUGACGUUUUAAAAAUAUUUAUUUAUUUAUUGGAAUUGAAGGUUUAUUUUUUGGUAGUGUGGCCUUUUAUGUUUACUUGGUUUUUAUUAUUUUUUUUGUUUGUUUUGUUUUUGUUUUUUUUGUAAAAGCGCAUCGGCAGACGUCAUCCAAGCAAUACCCCAAACCUAUUUAUGAAACCAUGAAGCUCUGUAUUUAUGAUACUGUAAUUACACCACGUAUUUAAAUGUAGCACAGACUGAGUGGGUUUGACAACAACAAAAAAAGAAGAUUUCUUCCACACAGACCUGUUCUCUUUUAUAUUAGGAGCCUCAUCUUGUUUCUCUAAAUGCUAAGAGGCGCCCAUCCAAUACGCCCGCCUUCCGUGCUGAUUUUAGGAUGCUGAUAAAAGGUCUUGUUUUCUACUCACAUCCUCACUGUCAUCGUCUCACUCCUUAUCCCACCUCAGUCAGACACACACUCACUAUCACUGGAACCCUGCUGCCAUUCUCAUCUCUAGUCGGACCGGGAGAACAGUGUAAUCCUCCUCCCUGCAUCGUUUUUACCCAUCAUUCACUGUGAUAUGUAAAUAUGAAUACGUGUAUGUGUGUGAGCGUUUGUUUGUGUGUUUAUGUGUGUGUGUGUGUGUGUGUGUGUGUCAAAGAGCAAAAGAGGUAGAGCGUGUUUAUCUCUGUACAACAUCUGAAAGUGUGUGUGUUUGUGUGUGUGCUGCUGGCUAAUCCUUGACAAUGUGUCGAGACAUGAAUGAGUAACACUUAUCUGUGGUGUUGGCUUGUACAGUGAUAUUGCAUGUUUGUUAUCAGUGAAGCUGGUUUCAAUUAAAAAACGCCCAUAAAAACAUU